AUGGAUGGAGCUGAUCAAUCAGAUUAUAGUGUGCGCACAUCCUACCCACCAAGGAAGGACAUGGGAAACUGUCCACCACUGUUUGGAAAAGUCACUAUUUUCGUCGCCUUUGUGAAGGAAUCGAUGGAGACACACUACCGAGUUGCCCAGCAGUCGUUAGAGUGCUACCUGAAAGGCGUUAAUUACACUGUGUUAAUGGUGGACUUAAAGGCAGCAUGA